CAAGGAUUGAAAAGAAGCUAGCUAGCUGUGGAGAAAUUAAAGGAAAGCAGAUAAAAAACUUCUCUUGCAUGCCCAUGCAAUUAUUAUCAAAAUGAACAAGGAUUAAAAAGAAGCUAGCUAGCUGUGGAGAAAUUAAAGGAAAGCAGAGAAAAUUUUCAAAAGGUCGAGGUAGCGAAGCUAGCAAAUCAUGAUGAUGAUCGCCAAUUAACCUUCUUGUGCACAAGCCACAUAUUUCCAACCAUCGCACGCGGGUGAGCAUCGAUCGAUCAUAUACGUACAUGUUGCAUGCAUGUCGUCGUCGUCUUCCGCGUUGUUUGAUGCAAAUGUAACCGGCCGGCCGGCCCCUUAAUUAAUUAGUUUGACCGGAAGCAUGCAUAACGACGAUGUUAUGGAUGACACCCAAAUUGAAUGCCACAACCAAAUUAUAGCAAAUGAAGAGAAUGCAAUAACAAGCCAUGAUGAUGAUGAUGAUGAUCAACAAGAAUACAAAAAUGUGUUGCCGCCUGAUCUACUUAGAAUAUCCCAAGACAUCGAUCGAUACAUCUUUGAUCUGCAGAGCUCUACAGAACCAUCCUGCAAGAUGUCCGUCCCUGACGUUCCCAUUUGCGUGGAGCAGUUCACUGUCCUUGUGGAGGAGAUGGUGGAUGAAAAGGAUGGGUGUGGUGUGAAAUGGAGUGAGUUGGAUGAAGCGGCGGCCGAUUCUUUCCUCCAAUCCACCAAUCGCCUGUCUAAGCUUUCCAAAGUGCUUCUUCAUUUCUCCUCUGAGUACAAAUAUGCAUACUCCAUCAGUCGGGUUGGGGGCAUCCUCCAGCGCCUCAUGUCCUACAUUGAACAUGCUUUCCAAUCCUAUCUAGAUGAUUACAAAAUGUGUCCUCCAGAUUCAUCACCCGGGGGUGAUCAUCAUCAUCAACUUGAUGAGCCAUCAGCAUCCAUAGAGAACAAGGAAGAGGUGGUGGAGGAGGGGAUGUUGAAGAAACUAGGAAAGGCAAUGAUGUUAGGGGCGUACGAGGCAGAGUGUUGGCACGCAUACUUUGCGUCACGACAGAUGAUGGUAGAUGAGAGCCUCCGUCGUCUCGGGUUCGAGAAAUGGACCGUGGAGGAGGUGCAUAGGAUGGGGUGGGAGGGUUUGGAGAGAGAGAUUGUGGCGUGGCUGAGAACGUUCAAAUACUGCUCCACCAACCUUCUCUUGUCUGAGCGCAAGCUCUCCACCUCCAUCUUCGAGGACUACCCUUCCAUGUCAGACAACAUAACAAGGGAGCUGUCUCGCUUCACGCUGACCCAGCUCCUUGAUUUCUCCCAUGCGGUCACCGCCACCAGUAAGCGCGUCCCAGAUGAUCAAAGGCGGCUUUACAAGCUUCUAGACAUGUACGAGGCCUUGCGAGACCUGCUUCUUCCCGCCAGGCUAGAAGACGAGCAGGUGAAGGCGGAGGCCUUAUUAACCCAGUGCCGCCUUGGGGAGUUGGCCAUCGCGAUGGUGCAUGAGCUUCUGGUGGAGCACAUGAUCACAAUGAAUUCGGCGACAAAGAACCCGCCGCCAGCUGGCGGGGGGAUUCACCCACUAACCCGCACGGCCAUGGGCACCAUAGAGCGCAUGUGUGCAUACAAAGACACAUUGGAGCAAGUGUUCGCGCAGAAACAACAACAACAAUCAUUGGUCGCUGCUGCUGAUGCUAAUAAUAAUUAUGAUGACUUCAAGGUGCAAAUUGUGAAAGCAAUUGAGGUGAUAGAAAGCAACCUGGAGGCAAAGUCAAAGCAAUACAAAGACCCCUCCCUGAGCUUGAUCUUCCUGAUGAACAACGGGCGGUAUGUGAUGCAAAAAGUGAGGGGAUCAGAGGGGAUGAGCAGCCUGAUGGCCGGGAGCGGCAGCGGUGGCUCAUGGAUUCGGAAGAAGUCUGCAGAGCUGAGGCAGUACCACAAGAAGUACCAGCGGGACACGUGGGGGAGACUGCUGCAGUAUUUGGGCGGUGAAGGGCUGACGGCGGGGUCCAACGGGAAGGUGAACAAGCCGGCACUGAAAGAGCGGUUCAAGAGUUUCAAUGCGACGUUUGAUGAGAUAUAUAAGGCGCAGAGCAGUUGGGUGAUCAGUGACGAGCAGCUCCAGUCCGAGCUUCGAGUGUCCAUAUGCAACAUGGUGGUCCCCGCAUACAGGUCCUUCAUCGCUAGGUUUAGUCACACCUUCACGCCUGGGAGGCAGACUCAGAAGUAUGUCAAAUAUCAGGGUGAAGAUCUUGAGAAGUACAUUGAUCAGCUCUUCGAUGGAACUGCCACCAAGAAGAAAUAAUUAAUACUACAUUUAUUAAUACUUACGUACAGAUAAUACCUACAUCAGCGCAGCAGUAUGUAUAUAUAUAUUACGUAUCCAUUUGAUUUAAAUUUAUAUAUAUAUAUAGAUUUAGGAUCAUGUGAGAACUUAAUCUUAGGAGAGGAAAAAAGAACACAUCUUGACUGUUGGAUUAGCCUCUAAAUAAACGUCCGCCUAAGCUAUGAUAGAGGGUAUUGAAGUCAAUUCUUUUUCCUCUAAUUAAACGUCCGCCUAAAAUCGUGCUUUGUUUCCUUCCAAAAACUGUUUCUACAAUCUACACGAUUCUUUCCCAAAAUAUUUUCAAUACACCAUGUCGUUCUUCUCUGGUUCUGCAAAGGUAUCAUCUCCCAAAUUAUUUUCAGCUUGCCUUGGCGUUCUUCUCUAGUUCUCCGGAGGUAUUCAUCUUAUUUUGUUCUUAAAAGGUACGAAUUGAUCUGACAUGGUAUCAUUCUUAUUUCGUUUUGAACCUAAGGUAUUCUUUUGUCUGCUACUCCAUACGUUUUGAGUUUUCUUCUCCGGCCUAACGAUUCCAUGGAGUGCGAUACACGUGACAUAAGAAGACACCAUUAUAUUGGAAUUAUUAUGAUACUUUUGGAAGAAAAGUGCAUUUCAUUUUAUAAAAAGUGUGAAUGUAGAGUUUUAGAAAGUGGGAUAUAUUGUGCACUUUUGUAUUUAUUUAUAAUGCACAGUAUAAAAAUGCAUUUUAUUUUGUAAAAGAGUGCUAUAGUAGAAACUUCGAAAGUGUAAUAACAUAG